AUGGACCAGUUGACCGCGAAGGCCGGCGUGCAAUGCUAUAAGGUGGAUCUCGAGGACACGAUGAGCCUCAAGAAGCGCAUUUCCCGUGUCAAAGCUACGAGCAACACGAAUGCUUCGGAUGUGUUGGCGCUCAGUGAAGCGCUAAAUGGUCUCAGCGACUUGCUGGAAGAAUACUACACCCCGGUGACCCGUGAAAGUGAUUGGGCCGUGUUGGUGCAAGACGGCAUGUGCUAUUUUGAUGUGGAACCGGUGGAGGACCAAUGGAUCCGGCUAUUCUGUGAAAAAGGGGAUCUUGUCGUAAUCCCGAAGGGACUCCCUCAUCGUUUCACCGUCACUCCACAGAACUACGUCCAGGUGCAGCGCUUCUUCCACAGGCGAGAGGUGGCCCUCAAGGGA